CGCGCUUAAUGUGUAGCUCCAUAGCCUUGUCCAUCUACUUUUUAAAGCAGCGCUUUUCCUCCUCCACCUCUGCAGCAAAAUAAUCCAUAAACUCUUGCCGCUUUUAAAGAUACCUAGUAAGCUACACCUCACUCAACCUUACAACAAUUCGAGCUUCAUCAGCGUGUCUGCCUCGCUUUCAAUAAAAGCGUUCAUUCAUACUACAAUACAAUACAAUUCACAAUCCCUACCCACAAACUACGACCUUUGUACCUUGAAGAUACCUGAUUUUUGUCUCUGCAUACGAGCGGCUUCAGCUUGUUUUCUAUUCAAGAUGUUCAGAAACAAUUAUGAUAACGAUUCUGUUACGUUGUAAGUUAGUUUGUGGUGUAGUUACGGGUGCUGCUCUGGGAAUGGAAAUCGUAAUUGAAGCUGAUGAGGUUAUGAUAAUAGCUCCCCACAAGGUCGAAUCUUUCAGGUUGAAUAUGCUUCGGAAGCUGUGAAGCAGGGUAGUGUUGUUGUGGGAAUAGUUAGCAAGACUCAUGCUGUUCUUGUAGCUUUAAAGGUUGGUUAUGUUAUAUUUACUUGCUGUUACAACUAUAAAGAGAAGACUACACAAUACAGCACUCUUACUUUACCUUUAUUUAUAUCAUUGAUCAAUAAACAUAAGCUAACAGAUCUUCUUUCAAACAGAGAAAUGCAGAAGAACUCUCCUCGUACCAAAAAAAAGUAAUCGCCAUCGAUGAGCACGUUGGUCUCGCCCUCGCCGGUCUCGCCUCAGAUGCUCGCGUCCUCUCCAACUUUAUGAAAAACCAAACUCUCGCCUCACGCCUAACCUACGACCGAGCAAUCCCCAUCGAACGACUCGUCGCUUCAAUCGGUGACCGCGCCCAAACCAAUACUCAACAUUACGGCAAACGACCAUAUGGAGUAGGACUUCUCGUAGCCGGCGUCGACGAAACCGGCCCUCAUUUGUUCGAAUUCCAGCCAUCGGGUAUGACACAAGAAAUGAACGCAUGUGCGAUUGGAGCGCGGAGUCAAAUGGCGAGAACUUAUCUGGAGAGACAUUUGGAGGAGUUUCCGGAGUGUGGGAGAGAGGAAUUGGUUAAGCAUGGGUUAAGGGCGCUUAAAGAGAGUUUGGCUCAGGAUAAGGAAUUAACGGUUGAGAAUACUAGCGUAGGAGUUGUAGGGUUGAAGCCAGAAGGCGCGAAACGUAUUGAGGCUUUCAAGCUUUUUGAUGGACAGCAUGUGAAGCAAUGGGUGGAUUUGGUGGCUGAUGGUGCAGAGAGUACAGAGGGUGCGGAAGCAGAAGCAGAAGCAGAAGCAGCUGAUACUAUGGAAGUAGAUGCAUGAAUUACCUACUAAUAAGGUCGAACAAUGAGAAUAGUAUGGAUUUAUGACUUAGCUAAUAGAAAUGAGCUCUGAAUGAAUGAAUAUUCAUGAUAGGUAUC